UAUUGAAACUUAAAACAACAAUAUUUGCUUGUUUCUUGCCUUGCCGAAGGUUCAUAAUCUUAUUGCAAAAUUCAUUAAUUAAAAUUGGUUUGAAUAAAUAAUUUUCAUAAUCGGAGUGCGUGUGGCGGGCCAGGUGUACGUGACGUCGGAGUCGAAGUUCGGCACAUUGGCGGAGUUGGUGCACCACCACUCGAUGGCUGGCGACGGGCUGAUCACGCAGCUGCUGUACCCGGCGCCGAAGCGGUCCAAGCCGACGGUGUUCCCGCUCGCGCCGCCCGACCACUGGGAGAUCGACCGCACGGACAUUGUGAUGAAACACAAGCUCGGCGGCGGCCAGUACGGCGACGUGUACGAGGCCGCUUGGAAGCGCGGCAACAUCACGGUGGCGGUGAAGACGCUGAAGGACGACACGAUGGCGCUGAAAGACUUCCUGGAGGAGGCGGCGAUUAUGAAGGAGAUGCGGCACCCGAACCUGGUGCAGCUGCUGGGCGUGUGCACGCGCGAGCCGCCCUUCUACAUCAUCACGGAGUUCAUGUCGCGCGGCAACCUGCUGGACUACCUGCGCUCCGGCAGCCGCGAGUGCGUUCCCGGCGCCGUGGUGCUCAUGUACAUGGCCACGCAGAUCGCCUCCGGCAUGAGCUACCUCGAAAGCCGCUCCUUCAUACACCGAGACUUGGCGGCACGGAAUUGCUUAGUUGGCGAGAACCACCUCGUGAAGGUGGCGGACUUCGGGCUAGCCCGGCUGAUGCGCGACGACACGUACACAGCCCACGCGGGCGCCAAGUUCCCCAUCAAGUGGACGGCGCCGGAGGGGCUCGCCUACAACACGUUCAGCACGAAGUCCGACGUGUGGGCGUUCGGGAUCUUGCUGUGGGAGAUCGCCACCUACGGCAUGUCUCCGUACCCGGGCGUCGAUCUCGCCGACGUCUACCACAUGCUCGAGAAGGGAUACCGCAUGGAGUGUCCGCCGGGCUGCCCAGCGGCGGUGUACGAGCUGAUGCGCGGCUGCUGGCAGUGGAAUGCCUCCGACCGGCCCACCUUCCGCGACAUCCAUCAUGCGCUCGAGCAUAUGUUCCAGGACAACUCGAUCACCGACGAAGUGGAGAAGCAGCUGCAGGAGGGCAGCGCGGGGGGUUCGUCGGGCACGCCGCAGAUGUCGCUGAAGAAGGGGAGCGUGGGGGGCGGCGGCGCGGCGGGGUGCGCAGGCGCCGCGGGCGUGGCGGGGUCCAGCGGCGGCGGCGACGCGCGCGCCGUGCAGAUGCGUCGCCCGACCAAUCGCAGGGGCAAGCAGGCGCCCACGCCGCCCAAGCGUACCAGUCUGUUGUCAUCGUGCUCGUCGUUCCGCGAGUCGCAGUACGCGGCGGAGGAGCAUGGCCCGCCGGAGGACUCACUAGCCUCACUCAAUGGCGGCAGCCGCGGCGGGGUCGGCGGCGCAGGCGCGGGCGGCGGCAGAGAAGCAUCCUCGGAGGGCUCGCUGGCGGAGGCGACGCCCGACACGGACGAGUCGGCCGGCACCGAGCACCGACACCGAGCCAAGCGCCGACACCACCACGCGCCGCCUCCCCCUCACGAUCUGCAGCCAAAGGGGGUGCAAGUCGCCGCGCUCGCCGUAGAGAACGUUAAGCGUGCGAUCAACAGAUACGGCACGCUCCCCAAAGGUGCGCGCAUCGGCGCCUACUUGGAGUCCCUGAGACAGAGCGGCGGCGGCGGAGGCGCGGCGGCGGGGGGCGCGAGCGUCGCCGGCGCGGGCGGCGGGCGCGACUGCGCGCCCGACGAGGUGCGCUCGCUGUCUCCGCGCACCGCCCGCGCACAGCCGCACAUGAUACGCUCUAACUCGUCGGGGGGCGUCACCGCGCCCGCGCCCGCCUCCCCGCGCGCCUCCCGCGCUGCACCAGCGUUGCGCUCCUUCACGGGCAGUCCGGCCAAACCUCGGCCUCGUAUUGCCGAACUGGAAUUCCCACCUCCUCCGCCAGACCUGCCGCCCCCGCCGGAAGACGCGCAGCCCCCGCCGCCACCCCCACCACCCGAUUGCUGCCGCGACGCUGGCACCGAUAUGGCAGACACGCUACAGGAUAUACCCACACUGGACGACAAGCCCGCCAAACAGACCAUGAAGGAAAUGCUUGAACUCAAACUGGUCGCUGAGAUUAAAGAACGCGCCGACAAGAAAAAACAAAAAUUAAAAGAGUCUCCACCGGCCGAAGAGUCGUUUGAAGUGCAGCCUUCAUUUGGCGACCCGGUGACACGACUUGUGUCCGAACUGUCGGAAAGCCUCAACAUGGAGGCGCUGCGUCGCGCCGACAGGAAGGAUGGCCCGCGCCCCGCCGAGGACGCCAAGGAGAUCGUCUCUCCGAUCGACCUUAAGGCGGGCCUCAGGAAGACCCUCUACAACAACAGCGUCGAUCACAAAAAGACCGAUUUGGAGGCUAAAGCGAGUACUGAUUUUAAAUCGCAGUUAAAGAAAGUAGACACUAAUAAAAAAACUGUUUGCCUCACAAAGGACAACGAAGAAUCGAGCCGAUCAAUUAUAGAUUUUAAAUCGCGUUUACGGAAAGUAGACGGUGGCAGUCCGGCGACCAACGGCACCAAGAAACCGGAGCAAGCCUCGCCUGAAGACAAGGACGGUCUCAAAAAGCACGCCGGGAGGAGCGAAGAGACGGACAGGAAGCGCAGCGAAAGCGGUUCACUCGACAUCGGCGAGGAGGACGACAAGCGGCGCAGUACCGGCAGCAUCAGCAGCCUCAAGAAGCUCUGGGAGAGCAAAGAGAACGAUGAACGGCUCAGUCCCAAGAUGCGAUCGCGCGGCGAGCCCGACAGCGAGGAGCCGUCCCCCGAGGAGCGCGGCGGCGGCGCGGGCAGGACGCGCCGCGACGACAAGCCCAGCGUGCCGAGCAAGCCGGCGGGCGUGCGCAAGGCGGCCGGCAAAGGCGGCAUCUACGCCACGCCGCUUGCCGCCGCGCCGCCCGACGAAUCCGACGACGCCGACCACCUCGCCGCGCUGCGCGUCUCGCUCGACGUCUGCACCAACGAAGUGCGUCGCGGGUGCGGCGGCGGCGGGCGCGGCUCGCUGUGGCGGCUGCAGACAUCAGAGCGGCUGUCGCGGCUGAGCGGCGCGUGCGGCGCGGCGGCCGCGUCCGCGCGCUGCGCGCCCCAGUUGCGACUGCAGCUGCGCGCCGCCGCCGCCAGGCUCGAGGCGGAGGCUCGCGCGCUCGCCUCGCCCGCGCCACACCAUCACCACCUCGCCGACGCCGUCGAACAGGCGCUCAAGGAACUCGCCAACAUUGUGCACAGGUAAACCGGCGGCCCGUUACCGUCGCGAUCUCCAGACUGACCGCGCGUCCCCGCCGCGCCUCCGCCGCUCUUCCUGUCUUUCAUAUUAGAGUUUUGGUGACACUCAUUAAAAUAUUUAAUUUUAUAACAUCAAUUGUGUAGCAUAUAUUUAUUUGUGCCAAAAAGUAUGUUUGUAAGAUAUAUGUUGUAACGGUUCGUUCCUAACGCGACGUCGGGAUGCGCUUCAAGCCGCGCUGUGUACACUUGACAACCGCCACCGGCCCGGGUCCCCGCCCCUGCCGCCUCCCCCCACCACCCCCCACCGACGUAUCAUCUUAUACUCCUGCUCCACUCCACAGCGCAUUCCCGACGACGAGGUAGAGGACUUCCCUGUCGACUCGUCUACUUAGAUGCAAGCGGUGUAAUAUACAAGCAUGUAUGUGUCAUAAAGUAAGUUAUAUAAAUGUAAUGUAACGAGCAACGCACAAACGCGGCAGCACGCUGACGUCCGCCUGCGCCGCGUUUGUGUUAGCGUGCUGUGAUACGGCUUAGUAAUCGGCGUAGCGAUUAUGCUCAAUGUACUUUCUUAAUAUUAUUUGCUUUAAUCAAAUUCCUAGUACGUACUUUAUACACCGACACGAUAUUAUAUUGUCGCCGUGCCGGUGAUGAUUAUAAUUAUAUCGAUGCACGCGGUGCGGCGCGCGGCGAGCGGCGCGCCACGCGCCUCCACCCGCCGCCGCCGCCCGCCACACCCGCGCGCAUCGUAUGCUAGUCUUUACUAUUAUUAUUAUUAUAUAAUAAUAUGCGUUAUCAUUGUAAGGAUAAAUACAUAUGUAAGAAACUUAGUUAUAAUAUAUAACUCGAUUGAAGAAUGGUUCAUGCUGGGCCGAGAAGAGCACAUCUAUCAUCUCGCCGGCCGAAAUAUAAUACGAAGCCUUAGCUUUUCACAUAUAAUGCUCGCUUAUUCAUAAGGGGACGUAUGUUGUCACGAGCCGAAGCACUCAGUGCAGUGUAUAUACCUUUUGGUUGCAUUAACACAUUGAAGUUUAAUCGAGCCGCGAAUAUUUCCCUUUCCUUUCACCUCCCUACCAUCCAGGGCCACCUUUUCUUCUCUCCUCGCUUCCUCCUUCAACUUCCUCUCCCCGUGUCCUUUUCUGGGUCACUGCAGAUGAUAAGCCAAGCCACGAGUCACUUGUGUACCGUUGACCGCAGUGGUUACCGCGGGGUCCGCCUCGUAACACUGUUUUGUCGCGAUGAACACCUGAUUGUCGAUAAUGGCCAAUUCGUGAACAAAAGCGAAAGGUUACGUUGAGUUCACCGGCCUUAAGACCUAGCUAUCGUCCGAGAAUGUGCACAUUUAAUCAAGUAAAUAAAUUCACGAAUGUUAUUUCGCUGGGGUAUGAAGAAUAACAGUUACAGUACGUUCUUAUAAAACCAAAUAGACAUGGUAUAAUGUUUUUCCCAGAUAUUAAGGUACGCGUGGGACGCGGCGCCACGGUGACGUCAUCACUCGUGUCCCAACACAGUACGCUUAGCGCGCGCCCGGCUCGCGGCCUGUGUGCGUCGAAUCACUACUCAUUAGGUGUAUUCGCUUACAACUUAAUAUUGAUCUACUAUGGAAAGCAAUAUUUUUGGCACGAACUUAUUUGAGUUUAUUGUUAUAUUACAAACGUACCGUAAACUGGGGUUAUUUUAGGCCGUGGGCAAAGUUUUAUGGCAGGCCCGCUUGUCAGAAAAUAAUCCGUAUUUGUUUUAUUUCAACCACGACAAAAGAUUUUUUUUAUAUUUUGAGAUACUACCGAAAAAAAAAUUCCGAAACUAGGUACUAUUUUAUGGCAUAAAAAUUAUGUUUUUAUCUACGAUGAAUUUAACGUAAAGCAAGUUUUGGUUCAAAUCGUUGGCCUUUAAAAUUUUUACUGUCUAGAAAAUGUGCUUAUUUGCCGUUUAGGAUUACGAGUAUGAUUCUUUUGAAUAAAAAUUGUAACAGAAGAAGAUUGUAAAUUCAAACUUUGUUGAUUUACGUUCUAUUAACCUAAGAUGUUUUUAUUACAUAGAUACGUUGUCCGAGCUCAAUACUGGCAAGACGAAAGUAAGGUAAUUGCCCGACUUAACGGCCAAUGAGCGUGCGGCACUAACGUUGUUACGUAACUGUUGAUGUAUAUAUAUCCUUUUCUAACGAAUGUAUGGUGCAUCUUUUUAUUCUUUCUUCGAGCCAAUUUGUAAUUAUAUGUACAGGUACGUGAAUACAGUAAAUAAUGCGCCGUUUUAUGUGUCAUUUUGUUAGUGUAUGACGCGUCUAUUUGUAAAACGUCAUUGCUAUUAACUAUUCCUAUAUUUAUAAAUAUUUAAUGAACAGACACUGAAAAUCUACGAUUAUUAUAUCUUAAUAUAGAUUUAUACUAAGUAUAUUUAAUGUAUCCUGAAUAAAUUCAAGAUUGUAAGAUGGUUUCAAGCCUUUGUAGUGUAUCAAAAAUCAAUAAUAAUAAAAUUUCGCCGUCGGUACAGCAUUGUGCGUUUGCUCAAAGCGUGCCGCUUUGUCGGGCGUUCGUUCAUCGCUCAGCGCUCCGCAGUCCGCCUCACGUCGUCACGGGCGACGCACGUUCUCGCGUUCUAAUGUACCAAAUGUUUUAGAUAUUUUUGAAUGUUUUAGAAUGUGUUUAUAUUUUUUAUUAAGGAAGACGCCUUUUAUGUUUGUAGUUUCCCUACAUUUUAAAAUAAAACAAUAGAAAAAGUGCCACAAAGUUAGGCUAGUUUAUGCGGUUUCAAAAUACUUUAGUAAGAUGUGAUCGAAACUACGAACAAUUAUAUGGCAUCGUUUUUAUAUGUUCCUCCCUUACAAAACAAACUCGCAUUGUUUCUUCUAGGGUUUCAAGGUCACAGUAUCAUUAUUAAGUACCUACAUUUUAAAAACGGAUAAGGAGAAAUAACAUCAAUACUACGUAUAUAUUUAUGAUUAUAAAGUUUUUCGGGCUAACGUUUUCCGUUAUAUAAGUCACGGUAUAUAUUUUCCCGGGAGCCUAUGUUCUUCCCAGGGUUUCAAACUGUCUCCAUACCAAAUUUCAUCUUAAUACGUUGGGUAGUUUUUGAGUUUAACACGUUCAGGCAGGCAGAUGCAGCGGGGGACUUUGUUUUAUAAUAUAUUUUUUAGAACUUUUUAAGAGGAACAAUCCCGUCAUACAUCAUUGUUGCAUAACUUUAACCGUUUACGCAGCGCACGCAAUGAAAGCUCUCAAAACUAAUAAAUUUUCACCGUUUUUGCAACAUGUUUCAUAACUGCUCCGCUCCUAUUGGGUAUAGCGUGAUGAUAUAUAGCCUAUAACACUGCACGAACAAAGGCCUAUCCAACACAAAAAGAAUUUUCCAGUUUGAACUGGUAGUUCCAAAGAUUAGCGCGUUCAAACAAACAAACUCUUCAGCUUUAUAUAAUAGUAUAGAUAAAAACGUGACGUCACGGAAACCUGGUGCACCUCCACCAAAUAAUAAAUAAGGCGGAAACGUAAUAUUCGUAAAUAUCAAACUUCUUGCUUGAUUAAUUGAAAAAAAAACAGACGUAUUUCUAGACAUACUUACUUUUGGUCAUAACGUUUAAAGUAGUUUCACGACCCACUGAUAUUCUGCUUUGUCAUUUUAAAUUUAUUUUAAAAGCGAAUUAUACUAAUAUUAUAAGUGCGAUAGGUUGUCAAAAUAUUUGUAUCUGUUAUGUCGCAACCGCACACUCGUGAGUGCGUUAGUGUGUAAUGCCAGCGUCGCAGGCAUUUGCAGCAAAUUUCCUUUGAGUUGUGACAAAAAACCGGCACUCGAUCGAAUCGUCUUCGAGCGCUUGCAAACCUUCACAAAACAAACCAAACACUGUCCACAUGUUUGAAUUUGUGACGGCUUGUAGAGAUUUGACUAACGUGUGGUUGCGGCAUUGGAAAUAAACGCAGUAACCACUGAACGGGCUCAAGUUAAAUGUGGUACACGAGUAGACCAUGUCCUGAAUUAACAUACAGGCUACUUUUUUCUCUGUAUUUCACUCCCGUGGCAAAUAUUUGAAUUUAUUAUCUGGGUUUUUAGGUACAUGGCGUUUGCGCCGUGCACGUGGCGCGUUGUUUACUACUCUGAUGAAUUUUGUAGAGUGAAAACACAGUCACAUCGGCGAUGCCGCGAACAACACCUAAUAUUGGAAUAGUAACACCAAUCGGAAAUAUUCGAAACUGUAAAGAGCAGACAGGACACCGGACCCAGUGACCGAAUAAUGUGCACACCUUCGCACCUUAGCGGGGCGAGGGUAUGUUGCGCAAUGAUGUGAACCAAUAGCCGUUAGGUUGAAUUGUAUGAAUUGUAAUCGCGAGUAACACGGUAUUGUGAUUAUUUGACGUAAGUGCUAUAUGUCCCAUAUUUAUUAAAAAUGUGUCGAGCGAGCCCUAGACUGAGCACUGAGUCGCGGGCGCGUGCGGUGGCUCGCCGCGGUCCAGCAUGAACCGUCACUUACCGUACUAUGUAUUAGCAAUCGUUGUUUAUCAUAAGUAUUUUUUAUUCAUCGGAGGAGGUCGAACCGUCGAACUCCCCCGAAGGAACCGCUCCGCAGAGGCGACCAGCCGCCGUCCGUGAGCGCCGGUCACGCGUCCUUCGCACUCACCCACCAAUCAAAUUCAUUUCAGUUGCGUUGUAAACAAGGAACACCUCUGCAUUCAUUAUUAUUCAAAUAAUUGCUGGCUUAUUAGCGAGGAAUGAUGAAGUUGGGAGGCAGCAGUUCCACUAUAAGAUGAUACAGUCUGUUUGUGUAUGUAUGUGUUUGAGUGUAUGUGUGUAUGUAUGUGUGUAUGUGUGUGUGUGUGUGUGUGUGUGUGUGUGUGUGUGUGUGUGUGUGUGUGUGUGUGUGUGUGUGUGUGUGUGUGUGGGUGCGAGCGUGUAAGUGGGUAUAUCGCCCUGGGGAGCGCAUCCGACCACAUUUCAAACGAGUAAAGUGUAUUCCACAAUAAAAGGACGUUAUCACUAUAAUAUUACCAGUGUGUAUGUUAUACCUAUGUUACUGUGAACGCUUUGAAGCGUCACAAGCAUUUAUCUAUAUAUCGACAUGAACUAGUUGUAUGUACUGUAUGUUUAGAGGCGGCCAUGUGAUGUGUAUUGUGGCGGUCAUAUUAAUCAUGUUACUGUCUCACUCUGUACGAGUUUCACAACUCGCACCGCACUCGCCUCUUCCCCGACCGACACUACCUCCGAUACCUCCAAACGGUCACCCCUUCCCCCCUCUCCCUUCCCCGGCCCUGAUGCACCCGCUCUGUAUCGCCGCACUGACCCACGCUCUAUGUCCUACUAUGAAUAAUAGAACUAAUAAACCCAAAGAUACACACCGAUAUCCAAUUAUUGUAAUGGAAAUAAAAACAAUAUCUCUACUA